GCUCCUUGGGAGGGUCUGUGAUGAGAAAAAUACUCCUCCUCCUCCUCCUCCUCGGUGGACUACAUGAUGAAGUCUCCUUGAUGGAAAAACAAAAUGGUAAGACGUUGUUUGAACGCUGCAGUGUGAUUGGGUUGGCCUUCUUACCCUCCUUUAUAAAUGUCCAAGGACCAAAGCAUCCCACAUUACAAGCUUGGAGUGAAGAUUAAAGUGAGGUUGUUAGUGAUCUUGUGAUACAAUGGAUGCAGAGGAGCUGAUUGAAUCCAUCAUCAGAGGACUCAUGUUUCUGGCUGGGAUCCUUGGAAACAACUGGCUGGCUGUACGCUCCCUGCCCGGGCAGAUAUCUGGCAUCCGCACCAACGAGGUCCUCUUCAUCAACCUGGCUGUGUCCAACCUUAUCACCAACUACCUGGUGGACCUGCCCGACACCAUAGCAGAUUUUGCUGGGCGUUGGUUCCUCGGGGAAACCUUCUGUGGAGUGUUUCGUUUCUGUGCUGACCUCUCUGAAACCAGCAGCAUCUACACGACCUUCUUCAUCAGUGCUUUCUGGCAUCAAAAGCUUGUUGGGUCCCUGAAACGUGGAGGUGCACCGGUGCAGAUGGAUAGCCUGUGCUUGGUAGGCUGUCUUCUGGCUGGGAGCUGGACGGUGGCUGUUGUCUUCAGCGUCCCACACUUUUUCUUUGUCACAGUGGAGGGGGGAAACGAGAGUAAGGAAGACUGUGUAGAUGUCUUCCCUAAUGCAGUUGCCAGGCAAACCUAUGAGAUUCUUUAUUUAACCCUGGCUAAUGCUCUCCCUGUUGCUGGGAUUGUAUUUGCCAGUGUCCAAAUUGUCGUAACACUGCUGCAAAACCAGCGACGCAUACAGAGUCAUAACACUGACGCUACAAAGGAGAUAGUCAAGGAUGAAAACAAGAGUACUGAAAACAGAAAUGAUGACAAAUCAGUCAGUACUGUUUCUGGUCCAGGUCCCUCAAAAGACCUUCAAGAUUCUGCAUCCACAUCCCACGUUUAUACGGGUGUGCCGGCUUCUUCCUAUCCGAAUGGGGGGAUGUUAGGCGACAGCUCCAAAAGCUCCCCCCUCACAACUGAAACAAACACAGUCAGCAGUGCUGGAGCUCCACCAAAUGUUUCAAGACCCAGUCAGAUGCCAGCCAAGCCCAGUCCGAGCUCGAGCUCUAGCUCUCAGGUAAGGGCAGCCAAGAGUGUGGUGGCUGUGGCCAGCGUGUUCCUGGUGUGCUGGCUGACUCAUCUGCUUCUCCGCAUCACCAACAACAUCCACACCUCGUCGAUAGUUGUGGAGGUGGCCAGCUAUAUUGCAGCCUCCUACACUUGCAUCAUCCCCUACAUAUUCCUGUACGGAGUGAAAAAGCUCUCUUGCUCAUGCAAAAGGUAGAAAUGUCAACACAUCCAGUUUUUACUCUUGGACUUAAUAUGUGGUUAUGUGUGUUUGGUUUAGGAAAAAAACUCAUCGUCAUUGUAUUUGAUCAAGUUAACAGUUCCAAUGUUUGUUCAACCACAUGUUAAUGUCCUAUUAAAAUCUAAUUGAUAUUAAGUAUUUCUUUUGGACAUUUUCAUGCACAUCUCUUCUACUAUGUUCACUUUAUAGAGCAGAAAAUAAUCAGCAGAUUGAUAAUGUUUCAUUAGUUGCAGCCCUACUUGCCCCACCUUGUAUCACCCUGCAGCGUCCAGAGUCUGUUUUCUCGAAGGCUGUGUGUAAUCUUUUAAUAUUACUUUGACAUAAAUUUAAGAAAGA